AAACAUCAACCUCUAUUUGAGAUGAUAAGCUAUCUUAAAAAAAGCCUCCACACUCACUGACCUCAAAUCUCCUCCAAUGGCGUCCAUUUCCGUUUCACUAUUGUUCCCUUCAGUCUCUACCCCACCAAAUGCAAAAUCGUUUCCCCGAUCCAUUUCCACAAUCUGGGUCUCCAAGACCACCCGGGUCAACUCCACAACCCGAACAGGCGAAGCCUCCAUGAGCAUAGACAACCUUAAACGGUUCUUCGACCUCAACGUUGGCAACUGGUCCGGUUCUUUCCACCAAUUUGAUGGUACUGGAAAUUUGAUGCAAAAAAUUCGUACAAAGCUUUCUGUCAAUACUUAUGGAGAAGAUGAACUCAUUAGUCUCAUUCAAACGCUGUACAUAAAACAACCUCCAUCAAGCACGUUGAUUUCUGGAUACGAAGAGGAACCAGAAUGGGCUGAAUACAAAAUCAAAGAAACCAAUAUGUUCACUGUGGACAAAUACCAACAGAUUGGUUUUUUUCCCAAUGAAAGGGCUUUUUCAUUGAGAUAUCAGACUGCCGGCAUGCUGGAAACCGUUUUAAGGCAAGGUGUGUUGGGGGAAGAUGACAUUGGAGAAGAAUCACCCAAAAAUCUUAAGCUUCCCUCUUGUCGGCCUGCUAUCGUAUGUGAAAAUUGCUUAUAUUCUCAAGAGAGAGAUAGGAGAGCAAGAGCAUUUCAUAUCAUGGAUCCAAGAGGGAAUUUGGAUAUGCUUAUUAUCUUCCUCGAGGACAGAGAUAGUGAAGAUUUUCCAUCUUCACUUGACAGUGAUGUGAAGAACAUUGACAAAAUUGUACCAUUUCUUGGUAACUGGAAAGGCCAUUCUAUAACGAAGCGCAGUGGAGUUUAUGGAGCAACAAUUGAUGAAGCUGAUACGGUUGCUUUACUUGAAAUGGAUGGCAAGGGUCAGUUAAUUCAGUGAACAGAUAUUUAACGAAGGCCAAAAUCUGAGCUCCUUUUUUGUCCUGACUCUCUCCACUCAAAAUAUCAGGAUUUUUCUUCAACAUCUGAUGGAAAAGCGGUUACGACUAAUGUGCACUGGACAGGAACGAUGUUGGACAACCUCGUUACAUUUGAUGGAGGCUACCAAUAUACGUUUUUGCCAGGAGGCAUGUACAUGGGAUGGCCUUGCGAUAUUGCAAAGAGUGUUGCAGAGUCGAAGUCAUUCCAUUUGGAGUUUGGUUGGGUUGAAGCCCCUGGUAAGAGACAAAGACUGGUUCGAACCUAUGAUGUCGAAGGCUUGGCUGUUUCAUCAACUUAUUUUUCUGAGAUCAAAUUUUGAGUUUCACCCACAUCAUUGUACCUAGUUUUCUUCUGUUGAAUGAGAGAUCCAUUUUUGAGAAAGCCAACUGAUGUAGUAUUUACCUUCCAUUAAUUGAUUGAGUUGUGAGGAUAGGAAUUUGUUUAAACAGAAAUUCAAAGGUCCAUUGGUGUAAUUUUUCUCCGUCUGUGUAAAUGGUCUCUUUAUCUUUUCUGACCCCUAGCUGGGGAUUUUCAAUAAUAUAACGAAAACUAUGUAUGCAUUCUUGGAUAUGAAUUGAAAGAGUAAAACUUUUGAGAGGCUUA